GGACCCUGCGCACGCGCAUGGUCGCCCCAGGGGGAACGCAGGUCGCUAACCGGGAUCGGCUGGUCGGCGGCCUGGUUGCCAUGGCAGCGGGGUCGCGGGCCGGCGCUAGGGAAGGCCCCGAGGCUGCAGGCGGCCAGGGCUGCCCGCGGAUCCCCAGACCCGGACGCCCGAUCCCGCAGCCCUGAGGGGCGGCCGGGCAGCGCCGCCACCAUGUUCCUGGGCACCGGGGAGCCGGCCUCGGAGACGGGAGAUGACAGUCUGUCCGCAGUCACCUUUGACUCUGACGUGGAGACGAAAGCAAAAAGGAAAGCUUUCCACAAACCUCCACCCACAUCGCCAAAGUCACCUUAUUUCUCUAAGCCGAGAAAAGUGGCCUCCUGGAGGUCCCUCAGGACGGCAGGGAGCAUGCCUCUGGGCGGCCGAGCGUCCCUGACCCCGCAGAAGCUGUGGCUGGGAACCGCAAAGCCAGGAAGUCUAACCCAGGCCCUGAACUCACCCCUCACUUGGGAGCAUGCGUGGACUGGCAUCCCCGGCGGCACUCCCGACUGUCUGACAGACGCCUUCAGAGUGAAGAGGCCACAUCUCAGGCGCUCUGCCAGCAACGGUCAUGUCCCUGGGACUCCUGUCUACAGAGAAAAAGAAGAUAUGUAUGACGAGAUUAUUGAGUUAAAGAAGUCAUUGCACAUGCAGAAGAGCGACGUGGACCUGAUGAGAACGAAGCUCCGGCGUCUGGAGGAGGAAAACAGCAGGAAGGACCGGCAGAUAGAGCAGCUCCUGGAUCCCAGCCGCGGCACGGAUUUUGUUCGGACUCUGGCAGAGAAAAGGCCCGAUGCCAGUUGGGUCAUUAACGGGCUGAAGCAGAGGAUCCUGAAGCUGGAACAGCAGUGCAAGGAGAAGGACGGCACCAUCAGCAAACUCCAGACCGAUAUGAAGACUACCAACUUGGAAGAGAUGCGGAUCGCCAUGGAGACGUACUACGAGGAGGUGCAUCGUCUCCAGACCCUCUUGGCAAGUUCUGAAACCACCGGAAAGAAGCCCCUGGGGGAGAAGAAGACGGGCGCCAAAAGGCAGAAGAAGGUGGGCAGUGCCCUCCUGAACUUGUCCCGGAGUGUCCAGGAGCUCACGGAGGAGAACCAGAGCCUGAAGGAGGACUUGGACCGCUUGCUGAGCACCUCCCCAACCAUCUCCAAGACACAGGGUUAUGUGGAAUGGAGCAAGCCCCGGCUGCUGAGGCGCAUUGUGGAGCUGGAGAAGAAACUAAGUGUGAUGGAGAGCUCAAGAUCACACGCUGCAGAGCCGGUCAGAUCACACCCGCCAGCCUGCCCUGCAUCCAGCUCUGCGCUGCACGGACAGCCACGAGGGGACCGCAACGAGGACCAUGAGCGUCUCCGAGGGGCCGUGAGAGACCUGAAGGAAGAGCGGACCGCCCUGCAGGAGCAGCUGCUGCAGAGAGAUUUGGAGGUGAAGCAGCUCCUGCAGGUGAAGGCCGACCUGGAGAAGGAGCUGGAGCGCACGAGGGAGGGCGAGGAGGAGAGGAGACAGCGAGAGGAGGUUUUGAGAGAGGAGAUUCAGAUGCUUACCAGCAAGCUCCAAAAACUGCAAGAAAUGAAGAAAGAAGAGAAAGAGGAUCGCCCGGAAGUUCCUCAUAAGGCCCAAGAGCUCCCAGCUCCCACUCCCAGCAGCAGGCACUGCGAGCAAGACUGGCCGCCGGAUUCCAGCGAGGAGGGGCUCCCGCGGCCCCGCUCCCCCUGCUCUGAUGGGAGAAGAGACGCCGCAGCUAGAGUCCUGCAGGCCCAGUGGAAGGUGUACAAGCACAAGAAAAAAAAGGCUGUUCUGGAUGAGGCGGCUGUGGUGCUUCAGGCAGCUUUCAGGGGACAUCUGGCGCGGACAAAGCUCUUAGCAAGCAAAGCACAUGGCUCAGAGCCACCCAGCGUGCCAGGCCUCCCAGACCAGGGUGCCCUGGGGGCCGAGCGCCAGGAGCCGCCAGGGGGCUGCCAAACAGUCAUCUUCCCUGCCGUCCUCGCACCCCAGAGCUCUCCUGUGCCCUGCGUUCCGAGCCCCAUCACCCAGGCCGAGGGCAGCCCUGUGCAGGAGGAGGCCAUUGUCAUCAUCCAGUCCGCUCUGCGGGCACACCUGGCCCGGGCCAGGCACAGCGCUACCGGUAAAAGAACCACCACCGCAGCUUCCACCAAGAGGAGAUUGGCUUCAGCCACACACGGGGACGCCUCCUCCCCACCCUUCCUGGCAGCUCUUCCUGACCCCUCUCCCUCAGGGCCGCAGGCCGUGGCACCUCCACCUGGAGAUGACAUCAACUCCGAUGAUUCCGACGAUAUUGUCAUUGCACCGUCUCUGCCUACGAAGAAGAACUUUCCAGUCUAGGUCCCCGUCACUGUCUCCAUGCCAUGAUGGCAGCGCUGCCGAGGACAUAGGAACCACAACUGGAAAGAUAAUUUAUCGUGUUAGGAGAAGAACGAUGAUACCUACUUAACACCUCAGCAUCUGCGUCGUGUCUCUGUGCUUUUGUUUGUGGAAGGAGACCCAAAUGCCUUUCCUUUCUUCUCUGGGGAGGGCCAGCGGCUCGUGUCCCCCUCAUCUCCAGCUGCAGCUCGGAUGGUGGAUUUUCGGUGCCGACAGACACAUCUGCCGUGAACUCGCAGACGCCAGGGAGCCCUGUAGUGACACGUUCUCUGACAGCACGUUGCCGCCUGCCCACAACCUUGACCGUGAGGAGCUAUUAUCCGCAGCCAGCACCGACACCACGCCCCCUCUUCCUAGUGACACCCUUUACAACCAGGAUUUGCUUCCAUCUCAGCCCAGUAGGCCAGGCAGACACGCCCUGCUGUGCCUUAGGAAGAUGUGAGACCGGCUUCCCCCAUCCCUACAGCAAAACACGGCCUGUCCCAAGCCAGUGAGGAGCUAAAGACACCCAGGUCCCCAAAUCAUCUUACUCCAUGCCCCACCCGCUCACACCGUCCUUUCCCGUCACCCUUGCUACCCCCUGGAGCACUGCCCUCCAGAGCUGCCCUUCUCAGGAAGGAGUUUGGUUGGAUUCUGUCACUGUGGAGACGAAGAUUUUUUAAAAUUCCCAAUUAUAAUACAAAAGCAGCAUCACACCUGCUUUUGAGAACAGCAGGGUGAUGUCUGUUCCCAAGCUGGUGGCGGGAGGCUUAGCCUCUGUGGGGCCACCCGGGGAAGAGGAGGAGAGGAGGGUGAGGAGGCAGGCUCGCCGUUCCAAGGGAGAGCACAGGCUCGUGGUGGGGCGUGUUGCAUCUGGUGUCUGGGACAGUCCCUGUCACCCCAUGUGUGCGGCCUCUGCAAUCCCAGCUCCGUGGCUGGGCUGGGCUGAGCAUGCGGAGCCCGUGGAGCCAGCAGCUGCAGAGGCCUAGGAGGGAGUUCCUGGGGGAAGCGCACAGUGUCCAGUGCCCAUCUCUUGCUUGUGUGCGAGAUUAGCCCUUGCUGGGACGUCAAGAGGAAGAGCCUUAGACCUGGGCGGGCCUUCAGGGGCAUCUAGACCCCUGCAGAGCCCGAGCCUGGUGUCCGCAUCUCCACAGCACCCCUGUGGGGACUCCUGCCAGGGCUGGCCGCUGUCUCAGGAGAGACCUAACGUUAGAAAGCCCCUUCUUACACAGCUGACAGCUUCUCCCAAGGCUUCUGUCCACCAGGACAGGCUAACCCCUGGGUGCCUUUUCUACAGCAUGGCGGCCUUCUGAGUCACCUAAGCUGAGCCUGGGGCAUCCUCUAUGGCGGUCAGAAGGCCGAUGGCCCCAACACAGUGGCUUGUGGAAGGAAGAGAGGAGGCUCUGCAUGUCCACCUGCCCUGUGGGAGGAGGACACAGGUGUCCCCAGCCCAGCCUGUUCUCUCCCAGUCACUCAGGGAUGGGGCCACCCAAAGUGCAGGACCCGCUCUACCCUGCAGUUCGCAGCCUGGCCCGUCUCCACUUAGGUUCUGUUUCUACAUUGGGUGGAAGCGAGUCAGCCGGGGGGGCCUGGCUUCUGUACGUGUUUUCCUUAUUUGGUCUGUGGGUUGCCAAGUCCAUUUUUUUUUUCCACUGAACUGGCUGGUAACUUAACAGACUGUGUAACUGACACAGGCCCUCUGUAGACCCCUGCCUUCACCCCACCCGCCCAGGCGCUGUCCCAGCCAUCCCUGCUUGCCAGCUGAAAGCUUCAGGUCCUAGGAGCCAGUCCACCUCGAAAGCCCUGAGAAAGUGAGACACCUAGGCGCACGUUCGCUGCGGGAGACCCUCCAUUCUCUUGUGGCAGCUGCUCCCGCUUGUUAAACCAAGAUGUUUCUAUGGGACGGGCUCACUCUUGGGAACCAGUGGCCUAGAGCUUUGGGUUACGGGUAUGGAGAGGGCAUUCCUGCCUCGGGCUUGGAGGAGAAUGUUCCAUACACAAACCGCCAUGUCCUCCUCUGGUGCAGCUGGGCUGCUCUGUUAAAAGCCAGCAUCCAUCUUGAAGCUCGCUGGGUAAAUGGCAAUGCAUUCUCAAGCCUGUGUCUUCAGCUGAUGCCCAGUGUCCAGUGCUGGUCACCAGUCCCCUUUGCUGGGUACAGCCCGCCCGUCUGUUCUGUGGUCCUGGAACGCUGCAGUGUGGUUUUUGUUCCAUGGAGACAGCACCAAGCGGAGAGGCCUCCUUGCCCGCGGCCCCAGGGCCUGGGGGCCAGGAGUUCUGGCGCUGCGCAGACUUAGGCAGGAGGAUAAGAGAAGCCCAUGGAGCCAUGGGAGGGGCGUCAUGGGCGGGGCCUAGCCGUGGGAGGGGUGAGCUGUGGGCGGGGCCUAGUCAUGGGAGGGAUGAGCUGUGGGCGGGGCCUAGUCAUGGGAGAGGUGAGCUGUGGGCGGGGCCUAGCCAUUGGGGGCGAGCAAUGGGCGGGGCCUAGUCAUGGGAGGAGUGAGUUGUGGACGGGGCCUAGCUAUGGGUGGGGUGAGCUGUGGGCGGGGCCUAGGCCAUGGGGGGGGUGAGCUGUGGGCGGGGCCUAGUCAUGGAAGAGGCGAGCUGUGCUAGGUGCCUAGCCAUGGGUGGGGUGAGCCGUAGAUGGGGCCUAGCUAUGGGAGGCAUGAGCUGUGAGUGGGGCUGAGCCAUGGGAGGGAUGAGCUGUGAGUGGGGCUGAGCCAUGGGAGGGGCAAGCCAGUGGAGUGGGCUGGGCAGAGCUGCAGGGGCUGCUGGCAGGGCCUAGGAAAGUAGACAACUGCCGGGGGAGACUGGCAGUAGAGAGUGAGUCCCCAUGAAAAGGACCCCUGCCCCAGCAUCAAGUGCCAAAGCAGGCCCCGUCUACCACUUCGGGGUCGACGGUGGCACGUGUUGUUCACGGUGUCCUGAUUGUCACUGCAACACCUCCACAUCACCUUGAACUUCAAGAACAGCAGCAAAGCUGUAUCUGCUAUCGGAGGCUGUUAGGUAGUCCAGCUUUAAAAUCACAUACUCUUUCUCCAGCCCAUGCCCUUUAAACAAGCAGCCAUAGAAGAUGUCAGUCUCCAGGGCCUGGCCGCACUGUGUUGACAGCAGUCACAUCUGUUGAGCCGACACUGCUGAGGCUGAAGCUGGCCCCAGUGCAGGGGGCUGGUGAGCCACAGGUGCAGCUACCUGGAGGUGUGCUCUCCCCUAGAAGCCUGUCCCCAACUCCUCCCCUAGAGGCCUAUUCCCGCUGCUCACGGACCUCAGCAGAGGCACCAGCUGGAGGGCUCCAGGGACAUCCUUGGAGAUACGGGAGGCUUUCCCGGCACAGGGCGCAGCUCUUAGGAGGCCUUUGUAGGAGGCUGUCUCCCCAGUGUGUCCUGCUCAUCCAGGAUGGGGAGAAAGAGGAGGAAACCCCAGGCUCAGAAGCCAGGGACAGACUGCCGACAAUUACCAAACUGAAUCCAGGCAGUGCCAUGACCCUGGGUGUCCCUUGGUUCACAUCACCCACCAGACACAGCUGCGGAGAGAGUGCAGGGAGGGGCUGGGACCAAACAGGCCAGAAACCGGCAGAAAGGAGGCAGAAGUGAGGUGGGUGUGCCUGGGGCACAAAGCCAGCACCGGGGGGAUUUCAGUGGAGUCCUACAGCCAGGCUCUGUGCGGACUGUGAUGCCAGAGAGGCAUGCAGCCUCUGGGCAAGUCGGGAGAGGGCUUGGGUGGUCCCCACAAGGGAGAAGAGGUGGAGGGGCCAGAGAAGACCACCAAGACCACCGUUCCUCCAGGCCCGGGGUGAGUGACCUGACUAUGAGACUAGCGGGCAGAGCCAAGCAGGGCUAAACUCCAACCCAGGGCCCGACGACAGGCACAUUCCCAGCUAAUGUUUGUAUUUUUAGUAGAGACAGGGUUUCACUAUGUUGGCCAGGCUGGUCUCGAACUCCUGACCUUGUGAUCUGCCUGCCUCGGCCUCCCAAAGUGCUGGGAUUACAGGCGUGAGCCACCGCGCCCAGCCUGCACAUGAGUAGCUUGAAGUCUCUGAGAAGCCCUAUUUUGUGAAAAAGACACCUACUUAAAUUUAUAUACAAGCUGAGAAAGAUUCAGGUUUGAUGGGUAUCAAAGUUUAUACAAUCUGAAGGUCCUUUUUAAGAAAAAGAACACAAAAUUAUGAACACAAAAUUCAGAACAGAGCCUUGGAAGGGACUUACGAAAACAAAAAGAUUUAGUUUCCUUAGCUUUACCAUAAACCCACUUCUAUCUACAUGUUACAAUGCCUGUAUUUGCUCACCGGAAGACUUUCCCCUCCCCAUGCCUACUAAUAACUCCCAGAACAGGCUUGAUUCACAGCAAUUUGGGAUGUGCUGGCACAGACUGUUGCAGCUUUCUCUAACUUGUUUCCUUUCUUCCAUUCCUCAUCUCAAAUGUAAAUAUAUCAUCCCACAGCGUUAUUUUUCUAGACAUGAUUUUUCUAGGACACCAGCCUCAUCCCCACACUACAUCUCUCUUCAUGACUUAGGUUCCAACCUCUCUAGAUGAGCACCUUCCCCACUUAUUAGACCACAACCCACAAUAAGAAGUAUAUUUUAUAUUAUGACCCAAUACUCAUACAUAUCAUUGAAAAAAAAUUUCACAAAACCAACCUUAACUUUUCUAUGUGUGAUGCACUCUAAUUGUCUUGCUGAUAUACUCCAUAUACAAAAAUAAUCCUGGUAGGGCCACGGUAAAAUAAUUCUUACAGUCGGCAGGUUGAGAAACACUCCCUGGUCAGCAUUGCACCCCUAAUGCUUUUUUAUGCUGCCAUACUUUGCUUUUGUGGCUCCCUCAUUUUUUGUGGGUUGUCCUUUACCUCUGUUAUGACUCUGCAAAUCCUUUUUACCCCUCCGGUUUCAACUCAUAUUCUACCUUUUAUAUAAAGCCAUCAUCCAUUGAAUCCUCUGUGCUCUCCAACAUUUUGCAUUCACAUUGCUAUGGGAAAUGUUUCAUUCUGCUUUUGAUUAUAAUUAAUUAUUUAAAAUUCAGUCCUUUUUACUUCAUUGUAAAGUCCUUGAGGGCAAGAUCAGGUCAUUUAUAGACAUGGUCAUUUCUAUAAAUCCUACAGCAUCCAGCACCCAGUACCUUGCAAAUUUUUAAAGUAGGAAGAAAUAAAAGUGGCUCACAAGGUUGUUGUGAGGAUUCAAUGAGAUAAUACAUUUUAACAAUAAUGGUAUAACUAAUAUUUAUGAUAACUUGUUUUAAAAUGAAGUAGCUGGCGUAUGGUUGCACAAAUAAUAACUGGUGUUGCCAGGACUCAAGGCAAGCCCGAUAUUGGCAGCCACCACAUUACUGCCUUAUUCAAGUGCUUAGCCCAUAGGAAGGAUUCAGUAACUGGUAACUAUUAUUGUCACUUAACAAAAGGGUGUUGAAUCAAAGCUGAAUGAAUGAAUUAGACAGAGACUGUGGGUUACGUGUAAUAGCCUUUGGGCCUAGGGAUAAUUCCAUUAAUCAUUCUGCUAUUAGUUUGCUAUUUAGUCUGCUGUUUUAUUUUUCUGUGUGAGUGGUUGUGACUAUAUGAUUAAAAGUCACCAGAUCAGGAAAAUGAA